AUGGUAAAUCCCCAGGUCAGUGUGGACUCUGGGGGUAGUGGGGUGCCAGGAGCACCAACCCCGGCCAUCCAGUGGGGACUGAAGCCUCAGAAAGCAGGUUACCAGCCCUCCAAUGGCUAUGGAGCUGAAGCAGAGCUGGGCUUCCAUGGUGGCUUCAAGCUACAGAAAGUUGGCAUAUGCCACCACCAUGCCAAGCCUUUUUUACUCUCUAUUUUGGUUCUCAGCUUCCCCCAAGUAGCUGAAAUUACAUGGCUGCACCUCCAAGGCUGGGGUGGGGUUGGGGCUCUGCCUUUGCAUUCUGAGUUAGUGUUUUCUGUAACUCCUGGCCAAGAGCUGGCUAUCUGGCUGCCCUGCCCUGGCCCUCCCUGCUCCAAUCUCUCUCAUACAGGUUUCCAUUAUGGGAAUGGAGCUCUGGAAGCUGGAAUCUUCCCGGAGACCCUGAAGUCAGUGUUCCCCAUAACCAAUGGUUUUAGGAAUGGACGCAGGGAGGAGACUCUUCUGUACCCUAAAGCAACAGUUCCAACCCUAGAGAGAAAUGGUCAGGCUGAGGCCCUGCAGGGCUCCCCCAGGCUGGCCCUCCAGCACUGGGGGGCUGGAAUGAAGCCAGGAUAUGGAUAUGCAGGCCUUGGGAACCAGGCAGGGCCCUAUGGUCAGCUGAGGCCAGAGCUGGGGCUGGAACAUUUUGAGGAGCCUGAAGUGAAGGCAGUUGAUGUCAAGAGCCAGCUGGCAAAUGGCUCCAGAGGACACUGCCCUUCUGGGAAAUGCUGAGCAUGGAGCCUGUCCCCUGCCCACCCUUAGGGUCUCUGCAUUAGAGCCUGGCUGGAGGAGCACAGCAGGGGGAUCUCAAGACUUGCCCAGGGCACUGCCCUGCCUGUGGUAUCCUCUGGGCUGAAGUAUUAAUAAAGCCAUAUGGUUCUUUAGUUGCUUCUGUGUGCCAUGGAGAAGUGCUGACUUCAACGGGGGUGGCACCACAGUGCUUCAUCUACUCAUCCGUCUACUCACUUAUCAAAUGACAAAGUGGCUCUGCGCCAGACGCUCUAUUCCAAAUGGAAGACACGACAACAAAAAAAUAGACUCAAAACUGUUCCCAAAGAGGGGUGUCACUUGGUCAUAGUCGAGUAGGGAAAUGUGUCCAUUUAGGGUCUUUUGGCUGGGUAUGCACCUCAGUGGUACAUACCUGGCAAGCUCAAGACCAUGGGUUUGACCUCCAACACUGGAAAAGAAAGACUGCCUUUAAAUAGGGUCCUGGGGGUCUGGGAUCUAGGGAGUUUUUAUCAUGCAAAGGAACAUUUUUGAACUUGUUUUAAUUUGUCAUCAUUCACUAAAGUUGUUAAGAUGGGUGUGAUAGCUCGACUUCAACCUUUCAAGAAGAUCAAGAAGCUGAGGCAGGAGAAUUCAGAGUUCAAGGUCAAGCACAGGCUACACAGUAUGACCCUAUCUUAAAAAUAAAGGUGGGGUCUGGAGAGAUGACUUAGUGGUUAAGAGCACUUGC